AUGACGCACAACCAACCAUUCUACCCAUGCGACUCGGGUCAACGAAAUGCCGAAAACCACACCGUACUACACAACAUCAAAAUGCCCCCCCUCCCCCCCCGCACCGCAUCCAUCACCCGGAUAACCAACGAAACCAAGAUCCAAAUCUCCCUCUCCCUAGACGGGGGCAUCCUCCCCCCCUACGAACCAUGCACUCACUUCCCGGCGCCCACAGAUCCCGCCGAAGCCGAGGCAAGCAAGAAGGGGAUUAUCCCGAACAAAGCCUCACCGCACGCAACCCAAUUCACCCCGACGCAGCAAAUCACCAUUAACACGGGCAUCGGAUUCCUGGAUCAUAUGUUGCAUGCGUUGGCGAAGCAUGGUGGGUGGAGUUUGGCUGUGAGAGCUAAGGGGGAUUUGUUCAUCGACGACCACCACACAACGGAAGAUACAUUCCUUGCGCUAGGCAGCGCAUUCACCGAAGCCCUGGGGGCAAGACAAUCGCUUGCGCGAUUCGGACGGGGCGAUGCGCCGCUGGACGAGGCGUUGUCGUGGGCGGUGAUUGAUCUGUCGAGUCGGCCGUGGGCGGUGAUUAAUAUUGGGUUCAGGAGGGAGAAGAUUGGCGAUUUGAGUACGGAGAUGAUUACGCAUGGAUUGCAGAGUUUUGCGCAGGCCGCGGGGGUGACGCUGCAUGUGGGGUGCACGUAUGGUGAUAAUGAUCAUCAUCGGGCGGAGAGUGCGUUUAAGGCGUUGGCGGUGGCGAUUCGGACGGCUUGUACGAGACGCGUGGAGGGGGAGGUUGGGGCGGGGGAUGUGGUUAGUACGAAGGGGGUUCUCUAA